AUGGCCGAUAAAAGCUGCUCGGUGUGCGCCACCACUGACACCACCCACAUGCACUUUGGCUCGAGAGUCUGUCAAGCGUGUGCCGCCUUCUUCCGAAGAACCGUUUCUUUGGGCAUCCGAUUCGUUUGCAAGUACCAGAAAGUAUGCACAAUGGGCCAAGGAGGAAGGAUCUUCUGCAGAGCAUGUCGCUAUGAUCGGUGCGAAUCCGUCGGGAUGAGACGGGAAUGUAAGAGAGUUUCAUCAAUUGAGCAAAGACUCUUAACGAAAAACUUUCAGUGGUUCAAGAACCUCGCGCCACGAAUCGGAUCCCCAAAUAUGUGCUCAGAUCCAGAGAAGAAGGCGUCGUUGACAUCGUUCGAGUAUAUGCCACGUGUACCGUAGGCCCAGUGUGCACGGAAUCAAUGGAGACUGGCUCGCAGUCUGAUGAAGAAUGUGCUGUCGAGCUGACAGAGUUCAGUUCCAUCCUGAAUGUAACUCACGGUGAACUUCUCGAUUAUUACAUGAGCCAAGUGCAAACAUCCUCUCAUCAUCAAUCUUUGGGAUUCAAUAAGGUACCAAUUUGAAGCGUGGAAUUAUGAAGAACACUUGUUUUUUUCAGUUCUCUCUUCUAGAAUUUAUGAAACGAAAGUCUGUCGGUGAUCAUUUUGCCUUUCAAAUAUGCACUUCCUGUCCGGGCACGGACCUUCUGGACAAAGACGACCUCUCGAUACUCUUCCGCUAUUGCUCUUUUGCCAAUAUCUGGAUGGACUCUGCGUGGAUGAACUCAGAAUUAUCAGAACACGUCAAGUCGACCGGCAUACUUUCCUCGUUCGUUAACCGAUUCUCUUCAACCGUCGGCGCUGCUCUUUUUCGACUGCGGCUCGAGGUUUUCGAGUACGCCGCGCUCAAAUCGUUCUGCAUCUGGAAACUGGCGAUGCUCGACUCGACGCUCACUCUCAAAACUGUCUCACAAGAACAAUACGGAGGUGUCACUUCAGCGCUGAACAAAUAUUAUCAGGUAUGUUUCGAUUCGAAAGAUCUUAUUAUUAUGUUUUUCUUCCAGAAGCACACCCCCUUGACAUCAAAUGAGAUCGCCACGCGAAUGGCCGAGCUGAUCCUUCUGAUUGGUCCGAUUUUCGACGCCUACCGCGACAUGCUCUCCGUCUACGAAGCACUUGAAAUCGAAUCCGACACAAUGGAAAAACAAAUGACAUGUUUGAAGUUUUAA